AAAUUCUCAUUGUGAUGUAAGCCGGUUAAUAAAAGGCGAACGACUAGUAUCACUUGUAGUAUUUGGUUUCUUAUAUUCAGAAAUUGCGAAUAAUAAAAAGGAAUUCGGGAAAAUGGCAGCACGCUUAUUUAUCAGCAGAUCGUGUCUUAGGAAGUUGCAUGAUGCACCGUUUCAAUUCAAUCUUCGCCAGUUUUCUGCGACUUGUUUCAGAAGAACACAAAACAAAGAUACAUGGGGUCAAGCUAAAGAUAAAGCGAAGUCAAUGAACAAGACCGUCAAUGAGAAAAUGAAAGAGGGAAAAGAGAAACUCAAAGACUACUCUAAACAAGCCGGUUUUGUAGCAAAUGACGAAAAACAAACAGCAAAAGACGCCAUGAAAGAGGCUUCACGCAAAACACGGGAAUUCACCGAAGCAGCUAAGAAGAAGGGAAAGGGUGCUAUGGAUACAGCCAAAGAUAUGUAUCACAAAGUUCAAAGCAAAACGGGACAAUCAGCCGAAGCUGCAGGUGAAAAGACUAAAGAGAAGGCGUCUGACACUUCUAAAACCAUAAAAAAGAAGGUUAAAGGCAUGAAGGAUUAUGCACAAGACACAUUUGAUGAACACUCUGCCACAGUUCAAGAAGAAACACGCCGGCAAUCCUUACGAAACGCCCAUCCAAAUAAGAAGAACAAUUCUUAAAGAAGUGUUUUAUCACAAAUAUUACGUGAAAUGAGAAAAGUUAUACGAGCGAGACAAAAUUCCUUAAAUAUCUGAUCUUUGGUGCAUCUCGCCCAUUUUCCGUAAUCUACAUGUAUUUUUUACGAAUUCUCUCUCAAUUCUAUGUGAAUUCGUUCCAUUUACUCGCAGCCUAUGUUGUUUGCUCUAAUUAGGAAGUGUUAUACGUGUCAACGCGUAUCAAACUAAAUGAAACCCGCGUUACUAGGUGACGCGUAAAUAAACAACAACGCCAGAAUAGUCAAAGUAAACAAAUGCUAU